CCUGAUAUUAAAAAAAUGAAUUUUCAAUAUAUCACUUCGUGUAAAAAUUAUAGUGAACCAUUAUUGCAAGCUGAAAAAUUAUGGCGUCACAUGAAUUUUAAUAAAGUGCGGAAAGUUGUGAUUUUGGCUACCGGUUGGACGAACACUGUGAAUGAUUCGUCAGCGUUGGCAAUGCUUUCGCAGGCGUAUUUGUGUCGAAAAGAUGUGAAUUUUAUUAUUGUCGAUGCUGGUUACUACGUAGACACGCUAUAUAAAUGGUCCGCAAUGAACACCGAAGAAAUUGGAGAAAGUAUUGGUAAAGGUCUGAAGCAUUUGAUAAAAGUUGUACCGCUGCAAAAUAUACACCUAAUCGGCCACAGUUUGGGCGCACACAUCAUGGGCACUGCCGGGCGUACAUUCACCAAAUUGACUGGUAAAAAAAUACCACGCAUUACCGGUUUAGAUGCAGCCAAACCAUGCUUUCGUUCAGACGACACACUCACCGGCUUACAUCGGGGUGAUGCCGAAUUUGUGGACGUCAUUCAUACAAAUAUUGGAGUAUUGGCGAAGAAGGAGCCUAUUGGCGAUAUCGACUUCUAUCCUGGUGGUGCAAAUCCUCUACCACCUGGCUGCUUGACUAUAUCAUGCGCUCAUUCACGCGCAGUGGAAUAUUUUGCAGAGAGUGUAUAUCCAGGCAAUGCUAAAAAUUUCAUCGGUUGGAGAUGUUCGGAUUUUCAGGCGCUGGAGAAGGUGAAAUGUAAUCGGAAAAUUACCUCACCUAUGGGCAUCGCGGUUGAUCAGCAACAAAGGGGUAUAUUUUAUGUGCCAGUGAACUCAAACUCACCAUUCGGCAAAACGGCGAAACCGAGCAGCGAACGAUGGCAAAAUGCACGAUGUCAUAAGUGUGAAAAAUCAAAUCAAAUCAAAAAUCAACGAGCGGGUUUUCGGAAAUUGGGAAAACGGAGGCGAAGGGAUAAUGGCCGGAAAUGCAUUAAGUGCAGAAAAGUAAACCAGGCGAGGAAACCGAAAAAGGGAAAGCAAGCGAAAUAUGCGAAACUGGGGAAAAAAGCUAAACAGCCAAGAGCAGCGAAACAAGCAAAAGCUGUUGAAAGGGCAAGAUCAAGAAAAAGAAACAUUCGACCAACACAGCCAGACAAGGCUAAAAACCUAAAGAAGAAAACAUCUCAAUGAAGGCUUAAUUUAUUUAUUAUUUUUGCAUAGGUUUGUCAAAUAUUCAUUUCGAAUAGGUAGUAAUGAUAUACGAAAAACUUAAACCAUUUAUCAAGACGAAUUUGUAUAAGGUGGCACUACCAGAGCUGCUGAUUUCAAGGCGAAUUUGUACUGAUUGUCAAAAUGAUGUGUUUGUUGUAAAUUAGUUCGUGUUGUUAUUGUUCUUGUGCGUAUAGUUUAUUAGCAUAGUUUUUGUUUUUGCGCUGCCGCUAUCACUUACUAUGAAUUCGCCUUGCCAUUUAUGUUCGCCAAUCAACUAAAAAGUUCCGA